GAACUAGACCUAGAACUAAGUAUAGACCCCGGGUAGCAGUGGGCCAAUUUCUUGCAUCUAACCCACUGGAUUGGACAAGUAUUCCAAAGUCUUAGUCAAAGUACUUUCAGAGGGCACAGUCUGCUACGUCAAACUUACGGCACGCUUACAUGGAUUGUACCUGAUUAUGGCGCUUAACAAGCUUUCGUCAUGACCCGAGUUUUUUUCAUCGGUUAUCCCGGCCUGGACAAAGAUAGCCGUCCUGUCCGACGUCGGCAAGGUUUUUACCUUGCUUGAGUAUUUUUUGCUGCGUGUUCCCCCCCAUCAUCCCAUACCCGACUCGAAAAUAAUAACCCAUGCGAUUUUAAACUACCUUGAACCCGCGAUGGCUUCCCGCUCCAAAGGCGCUAGAAAAGCAACUUUGAUGGUGUGUCCAAACGAUCGGCAUUGUUGUCCAAGCUCGUUAGAUUGGAUGCGCUGAAGACCCCUUGGGAAUUUUACUUGUUCAUUGCCCAGAAAAAAAAAAAAAUCUUCGAAAGGGUUUCUCCACCGCGUCAGAUUGUCGCCAUGUCCGUUGUCAACGAGACGACUGCGCUGACCAAGGCGACAGCGCAAAACCGCCACAAAGAUGCCAUCCAUACAGCAGCCACGUCUGAAGUGGGCGCCAGCGAGCCAGCUAACAAACGCGAUUCUGGCUCGGGGCGGCAGGUCUCCACGGAUGCUGAUGAUAGCGUGCUGGAGAUGGGAGAGGAGGAGUGGAGGGCGGCGGAAAAGAGCCUCGUGCGGAAGCUGGACAUGCUCUUGAUGCCCACGCUGUGGAUCCUAUACCUGUUCAACUAUCUGGACCGCACAAACAUCUCGCAGGCCAAGCUCAGUACCUUUGAGAAGGACCUAGGUCUGGUGGGGAAUCAGUAUAACGUUGCCGUGUCCAUCCUCAACAUUGGCUACAUGCUGAUGCAGCUGCCGUCAAACAUGCUCCUCACCCUGGCCCGCCCCUCCCUCUACCUCCCCUUCUGGACCUCCCUCUGGUCCAUUGUAUCAGCCUCCACCGCCAGCGCAAACUCCUUCGGCCACCUGGUGGCGAUCCGCUUCUUCCUCGGCUUCGUCGAGGCCCCCUUCUCCCCCGGCGCAAUCUACCUGCUGACGUGCUGGUACCCGCGCCGCGAGCUGGCCCUGCGCAUCUCCAUCUUCCUGACCGGCCUGCCGAUCGCCACCGCCUUUUCGGGCCUCAUCGCCGCGGGGGUCCUGGGAAGCCUCGAGGGCGCGAGGGGAAUCGCGGGCUGGCAGUGGCUGUUCAUCAUCGAGGGGGUGGGAAGCUUCGCCUUUGCGCUGACGUCGCUGCUCCUGCUGCCCGAUUUUCCGGACCAAAAGAGGCGCAGGUGGUCCGCUGUGCGCUGGCUCAUCACGGAGAGGGAGAGGCGCGUCGCGGAGGAGCGGAUUCGUCGGGAUCGGGUUUCGGUGCCUGGUGCCGACGAUAAGGGCGUCUUUCACGGGCUGAAGCUCGCGGUGCUUGAUGUUCGGACGUGGAUUUUUGUCCUAAUGGUGACAGCCAACCACGCCGCCUACGGCUUCCUCAACUUCUUCCCGACCAUCGUCAAGGGCUUCAAGCUGGGCGGGCAGACCGAGACCCUCCUGCUGACCGCACCACCGUACCUGGUGUCGGCCUUUGUCGUGCUCUACGUCGGCAUAUCGUCCGACAGGAGGCACGAGAGGGGCCAGCACAUCGCCAUCCCGCAGAUCAUCGCCUGCGUGGGCUUCAUCAUCACGGCGGCGACGCAAAACGGACCCGCGCGGUACGCGGCCGCGUUCCUGUACAUCUCGGGCAGCUUUGCGAGCCUGGCGCCGCUGUAUUCGUGGGCGAGCUCGACGCUCGGCGAGACGCCGCAGGAGCGGGCGUGCGCGCUCGCCAUCGUCAACCUCAUCGGUCAGCUGGGCAACAUUGCGAGCCCUUACUUUUUCCCUCCAGGGGAUGCCCCGAGAUAUGUGAUGGCAAACAUGCUCAUGAUGAUGUGCUCGGCCAUCGUCGUAGUGGCCAGCGUCGUCAUGAAGGCCAUGCUGAAGCGGGCCAACAUGGAGCUGAUUAGGAACAACCCCGCAGCUGUGGUCUAUACCUUGUAAAAGCUCCAGAGGGAUCGGCUGGAACUGGCUGGAUGAUGAACGGCCGGUUUAUACACCGUCUGCCGAUGGUCCAAAGGAUACUUUGAGGAUGUGAACAAUAAUUUAUAUGUUGAUACGGCAUCUGAGAAUGCAAAGCGCAUUCGUCGGUUGAACCAACAACAAGCCUCUGUAUAUCUCAAGACAUAGACAUAUUCAGGAUAAGAUAUAGACGCAAGAUAGACCAUGAACCAUCAGAACCACACGAAUGCGUCAUUUUCCUAACGCAACGUAUACCCAAAAAAAAAA